AAACUCCAUAAAUUAGGCUACUGUAAAAUAAUAUUAAACAGUGUUGUAGGCUGUUGAGAUAACUGCUUUUCUAUCCUUGUACCAAAUAUGACUUCCCUUAGUAAGUGAGUGGCUUUAGGCCUUUAUUCUCUUUCAACUAAUUUAAUUUAUUGUAAUUAAAGUAAAUAGUGGUUGGUCACACUGGGAUACUGCAACUUUGUUUUCUGCUGUUGGAAUCAGAAAUACUUAUUAUACCUAGUCCUAAUUAGUAGUUAAAUAUGCAUAAAAACACAAAGAAUCAGAAUCAGAAAUACUUAUUAUACCUAGUCCUAAUUAGUAGUUCAAUAUGCAUAAAAACACAAAGAAUAUGGGAUACAGAGCAACAGUUAACAAUACUGGGGCUACAACUACAGUAUGAGUGCAGCAAAACAAUGAUCCUGAAAACAAUAUAGUGUGAAAGUCUAAAAUCUCUGCUAUGGCUGCCCUCUAUUUUAUUAAUUGUAAUACACAUACUACAUUUGAGUGUUAACCAUUUACAGCAUUCCUUAUAGAUCCAUAUAAACUGAAAAGACUGAGUCAGGGGCUUGUAGGUCCUAAAGUAAGCAUGAUAUUACUGAAUAUUCACAGGUUUGGGCGUACGUUAAAUAUCAGGGAGGUAGUGGGGAAUAUUUUUUAAAGACUGAGGUAAUUUCUCUUGAAAAUGGUGCACUUUUAUUCAUAAGAACACAUAACUGUUAAAUGAUUAAUUAAUAAAAUAGAGCACUGACUUAGAGCAUUUACUGGAAGAAUAACCAUGUAUUGCCCUCAGUAUCUAUUCGAUCCUAGAGCUCCAGAACAGCUACUAAAUGGACCCUGUGGUGAGAUUGUUGGUUCCUGUUUUCAAGGUCACGAAUGAUCUUUCAAUCUCAAAUACUAAGAACGUUGGAAUUAACUCUGGAGCAGGCGCUACGUUUUGAGACGGGAGACGGGGACCAUGAUUCACCAGAGUCACGCAGCGUGGCGCAGCAGAACCUGGAUUUACGCCGGCGGCUGGAUGAGGAGCAGGCGGCCUACAAGCGUAAACUCACUGCGUACCAGGAGGGUCAGCAGAGGCAGGCGCAGCUCGUGCAGAAGUUGCAGGCCAAGGUACUUCAGUACAAAAAGAGGUGUGGGGAUCUAGAGCAGAUGGUGCAGGAGCGGUCCUCAGAGUUGGAGAAACACAGGUUAAGUAGCCACAGUGAAUCCUCAAAUGGUUGUCAUCAAGACGAAUCAAGCAGCAACCUGGAGGACGCUUUAAUCCGUCUGGAGGAAGAACAGCAGAGGAGCAGCAGUUUGUCUGCGGUGAAUGCCAUGCUGAGAGAGCAGCUAGAGCAGGCCAGUUUUGCCAAUGAGGCUCUCAGUCAGGACAUCCGCAGGCUCACUGCUGAUUGGACGAAAGCCAGGGAGGAACUGGAACAAAAGGAGUCUGACUGGAGGAGAGAAGAGGAGUCUUUCAACAGUUACUUCAGUACUGAGCACAGUCGACUGCUGACGCUAUGGCGGCAAGUAGUCGGGUUUCGGCGGCAUGUCUGUGAACUGAAGAGCGCCACUGAAAGGGACCUGUCAGAUAUGCGUAAUGAGCUGGCUCGGACGUCCCACUCUGCUCAGGUGUCUUGUGCAGGUCUGUCUGCCACCCUGCACACCCGGGAGGGAGGAGCAGCUCUGGCCCUGGAGCAGGAGAAAGCCCUGCGGGUUCAGAUCGAGCAGAAGCUGAGAGAGCGAGUGGUAGAGAUGAUGAAUCUUCAGACCAGAACAGACGCAGAGAGAAGUGAGCUCAACGUCAGGUUGUCAGAUUCAGUGCGAGAGGCUGAGAGACUAAAGGGCCAAAUUGAAGAGAGAGACAGAGAAAUUGUCAUACUGAUGAGGAGGGCUGAGGAUCAGAGUGACAAUGAUGAGACUGACAUGCAGGUGAUGAGAGCUCACACUGAGACGCUGUUGGACACUCUGCGGGACAUCGCUCAGACUGUUUUGUCCGAUGGAGAGUCGUCAUCCGAGGCAGACCAGGACAGCACCGGGGCUCCGCUGCUAGCAUUGAUCCGUGGCUUCUCACCUCACCGCUCCUCCUCUCCUCGCAGGUCGUCCUCUCCCCCUCAGCCCUCCUCGCUGGCUCCUUUCCCUGAGGCGGCGCUCUCAGCUCUGCGCUCUGCAGUCACAAACAAGACGCUCCAGCUGCAGGAUGUUCGAGGGCGUCUGCUUUCUGCCCAGUCCUUGGUUCAACAGUUGCGCAAGCAGCUUUCAGAGACUGAUUUGGCAAAAAGAGAUGCAGAACAGCGAAACCAAGCUCUGCAGAGAGAAAAGGAUGCUGCUCAGAGAGAGAGGGAGACAACACAGAGAGAGAAGGACCGUCUGAAGCAGGAGAGAGACACACUGGCCAGUGAGAAGGUGAGCUUGGAGAAGACCUUGCAGGCAGCACAGAGCAGCAACCAGAUCCUACAGAUGGACUGUGAGAAGCUUCAGCUGACCGUGGCGUCCACACAGCGAGAGCGAGAUCACGAGAGGGACGAGAAGGAGGCCGCCAUUCAGGAGAGAGGGCGGGCAAAGGCAGAGACUCAGAGGAUACAAAAGCAGUGGGAUCAGAGUGAGAGUCGAGCCUCGGCCCAGCGUGGAGAGCUGUCUGCAGUGAGGGAGACUCACCAGCAGUGGGAGAUUGAGCGGCAGCUGCUGGAGCGAGAGAGAGCCCAACUCUCUGAAGCACUUGCUCGGGCUGAGGGCAGUAACGCAGAGCUCUCUAUGCUGCUCAACAAGCUGCAGUCUGAGGAUGCAGCUCUCAGGGACUCUCUGGCCAAAAUGGGAAGCAUGAAUGAGGGAAUGGCCCAGGACAAAACUGAACUUAACAACUACAUUCUCCAGCUGGAGGAAGAGAAGGCCCUCCUGCAGGCUCAGAAACGGGAGGCGGAGCAAGAGAAGUUGACCAUAAGAGAUGAGCUGGUCCGGUUGGAGCAGGACCGGCUGGAGCUAGACUCUGCCCGCAUCACGCUUCACCAGUCACUCCAGGACGCCGAGCUUAGCCGGGUGGGGAUGGAGGCAGAGCUCCAGAGUCUCAGGGCUGAGAGAUUUAAGCUGCAGGAGAAAGUCACCCAGCUUUGUGGCGAGGUGACCUCUCUGGGAUCAGAGUUGAGUCUUGCCAAAGGAGAUGGCCAGAGAAACGAGGUGGCAUUAGAGGAAGCCGGCCGCGGUCGGGCAGACCUGGCCCGGGACAAAGCAGCGCUGGUGGUCCAGCUGACAGCGUCUGAGAGAGAAAACGCCGUUCUGUCAGAGGAACUGGCUGCUUUCAGGUCGGAGCGGGAGUCCCUGGAAACCAGUCUGUUCGAGGUGCAGCAGCAGCUUGUUCAGGUGGAGUCUCGUAGGGAGCAGCUGGAGACGGAGAACCAAAACCUUCGAGUCCGCUGUGAGACUGCAGCAGCUGAACUGAGGCGUGUACGCUCAGAUGGGGAGAAUGUGUUGGCCCAGGCUGAGAGAGAGAAACAGGCUCUGACUCAGACUCUAAAUGCUGCGCAGCUAGAGGCCCAGCAGGCGUUACGCAAGGCCAUCUCCGAACAUCAGGAGGAGGUGGAGAGGCUGGUCUCAGAAAAGGAAGUGGUGCGGCACAGCCUGUUGAUGGAGCAUGAGGGCACUCUGAGGAGGCUACGGCAGGAGGCGGAGGAUCAGCUCCACAGAGCCGGGAGAGAACGAGAGGAGCUGCAGGAUGAACUGAGGAGUGUCCAGCAUGACAGAGAUCAGAGUCUGCUGCAGGCAGAGACUGAGAAACAACAGGCCCUUUCUCUGAAGGAGGCAGAGAAAACCGUUUUGUCUGACAGGGUGUCCACCCUGCAGGCUGAGCUGUCAGCUACAGCCCUGGAGGCCGAGCGGAUGUCGAGAGAAGCAGCUCAUUACAAAGAGCAGGAGCAGAUCAGAGUUGGGGCUCUGACCAGCGAGCUGCUGGAGCUUCGCUCUCACCUGGAGGAUGCAGCUUCUGUUCAUGAAAGGGAACUCCAGAGUCUACGAGAGACUUGUACUGAUCUUCAGUCACGUGCUGAUGUUGCUCUCAAAGAGCUGGAUCAGUGCAGAGCUUCUCUCUCAGCUAACGAGGAGAGUCGAGACCAGCUGAGGCGGGACCUGUUGGACAGCGAACGACGUCUCAGCCAAACUCAGGACGCAGCAGAAAACAACAGAAGAGAGGGGACGGAGCUGCGACGCAGCCUCGCUGACGUCACCAAGGAGAGAGACACCCUCAGCCAGUCGAAUACUCAGCUGAGAGAAACUCUACGAAGUGCAGAAACGGAGAGAAUCAGUGUGAAACGACAGUGUGAGGAGAAGCAGCAGAGGCUGGCUGUGCUGGAGGAGAAUCUGUCGUCUAAUCAGAAGGAGGUGGCAGAGCUGCGCAGCUGCCUGAGAGAAGUUGAAAGGUCACGACUCGAAGCUCGCCGAGAACUCCAGGAGCUCCGCAGACAGCUGAAGGUUCUGGAUGGAGAGAAGGAGCAGAGAGAGAGGGAGGUGGCGGAGCUGCAGACUCGCCUGUCGCUGGAGGAGCAAAGAGAGGAGGAGAGAGGGAAAGAGGUUUUCACCCUCAAACAGAAGUUAACUGAGGCUGAGACAGCUCGAGGCUCCCUCAAGAAAGAGCUUUCUUUGACUCAAAAGCGCCUGCUGGAGUCUGAGUCGGGCUGGCGGGGCUGCGAAAGAGAACUGACCGCUCAGCUGCAGGAGGCGCGUGGCUGCGAGAAGAAGAUGCAGGACGAAGCCAAGAACUUGGCCCUGCGCGCUCAGGUGGCUCAGGACUCCGCUGCUCAGUCCAGCCUGCAGCUGAGCGAGGCCCAGGGCCGACUGGCCGCCACGGAGGCAGAGCUGACCCGGGCCGAGGCCGGGAGGAGGGACCUGGAGUUUCGUCUGAGCAGCCUUCAGUCGGCACUGACGCGAACGCUGGGUAUCGGAGCAGGCGGCAGGGGAGGCAGGGGGAGAAGCCCCGGGGGGAGCUCCACAUCACCAGCCACUAUGUCACGCUACCACAGCGUUUCGCCCCUGCGCUGCUCGCUGUCCCCUCCUAAAGAAUUUCGAGAAAGCACCCCUGACAAUACUUUAGGCUCAGUGUCUCCUGAGAGAGGGGAUACACCGCUGCCUCUCCCUCAGCCAGAGCUGGACCCCGACACACUGCGCAGUGAUCUGAGAGACUUCCUCCAGGAGCUGCGUGAGGCACAGAGAGAGAGGGAUGAUACUCGAUGCCAGCUGGGGGCCCUGCAGCGGGAGAUGGAGGAGCUGACGGGGCAACGAGACUCUGCUCUGAGUCGUGUCACUCAACUACAAAACACCUUACAGGAAUACCAAGAAGGGAAGCGUGGGCUGGACGAGCGUCUGACCACCACUCAGAGUUUGCUCCAGCAGCAGGAGGAGGUUGCGAGGAGAGGAGACAGAGAGAGGAGAGUGCUCACUGACAGGGUGAAGGAUUUAGAGCGGGCGCUGCAGGCUUCUGAGAUGGAUAAAAAACAUACACAGGAUCAGUUGAAUAAGCAGCGUGCUGCUGAGAUGCGUCUGGAGGCGGAGAGGAAGCGUCUGCGGGAGGCGCUGGAGGCAGCUGAAGCCCGGGCCACCAGGGUGGAGCUGGGGAGGCGCAGUGUGGAGGGAGAGCUGCAGAGACUCAAACUGAAUCUGGGAGACCGGGAGACUGACAGCCAGGCCUCCCAGGAGCGCCAUGACUCUCUACUGAAACAGGUGGCAGAAAGAGAAGCCUGUGUGUCUCUGCUCCAGAGAGAGGUGGAGAGGCUGAGCCAGGCUCUGCUCAAAGCUCAGGAAGGCGAGUCUUUACUCCAAGAGAAGACCUCUUCCCUCAAAAAGAGCCUUCAGGAGGCAGCGGCUUCUCACAGCUGCACACAGAGUCGUCUGACCGCUCUGCAGAAGAUGCUGAGUGUGGCUGAACAGGACAAAAGGCUUCUACAGGAACGAAUGGAUGAAGCCCGGGCGUCAUUAGUGGAGGGGAAAAGGAAUGUGGUCACCCUCACUGAGCGCGUGCAAAGCUUGCAGAGUGAGCUGGACCAGAGCGAGCUGAGACGAGAGGAAGUGGAGGCUGAGCUCAACAACACUCAAGAGGUGAGGGAGGCUCUGCGUCAGCGCUCGGCCAGUGUCGCAGAGGCUCAGCGCAGCGCCCAGUCAGCUCAAACAGAGCGGGCCGCUGUAGAGGAGCGACUGCGUGGGCUGCAGCGAGCGGUCGCCAUGCUUGAGACUGAGAAAAAAGAUGCUGAGAGACAGGCUGUGAGGCUGGAGAAAGACAAGGAUGCACUGAGGAAUACACUGGAUAAGGUUGAACGUCAGAAGCUGAAGACUGAAGAAGGCAGCAUGCGGCUGUCGGCAGAGAAAAGCCGCUUGGAUCGCUCUCUGAACACCACUGAACAGGAGCUGCAGGAAGCACAGCAACAAAUACUGAUGCUGCAGACUCAGCUGGCUGAGACGGAGCAGGCACAGAGUCUGUGUGAGAGUUUGGUGAGGGAGCGUGACGAGGCCCAGCGGGAGGCGGACAGACUGAGGACCAGCUUCAGGGACGUAGAGCGAACGCUGGGCACCAGAGAACGAGCUCACCGACAUAGAGUCAAAGGCCUGGAGGAGCAGGUGUCCACCUUGAAGGAGCAGCUGCAACAAGAGAUGAAACGGCGGCAACCUUCUCUUCAAUCCUCCUUAUUGUCGGCAGGAAAGUGAGAUACAGCUUAAUACCAGAAGCACCAGCACUCCACGUCUAAUCCAGGGAAAAUCCACUCAUCAUGAAUGUUUGAAAGCAAUAUUUACUCAAAAGACACGCUCCUAAAAGUAUUCAUACUCUAACUCUACUGUUUAAAACAUGAUUUAUUUUACUUUGUGAAACUGAAAUGAAAACCACUGUCAUUUGGGCGUUUCAUUGAUAUUUUGUACUGUGAAGAACACAUAACAACCUGCAGCACACACUCAGCCAAUGACAGGCGAAGGAACGGAGCGACGUGAUGCAGCAGCUGUGCUAAAAACGCCAUCAGCCUGCUGAUUGCUGGCAACCAUCUGUACUUGAUCCUUGCUCAACAUCUUACCAAACUUUCUGCUCUUAUUCAAGAAGAAAACCCAAAUCACCGCGAGGAUGUUCCUCCAGACAGAAUCUGGAUGUAGUGCAGGAAUGAAAAUCUGCCAGUUGUGCAGUUUGGCCCAGAUUCCUCCACAUUUAUAUUAUCAGUCGAGGACGUGAAGAGAAUGAAAGGAAGGUCUUCACUGUGUGCGAGUGCCAGGAAACCAACAAAUUGAGCAUAAUGAGCUGCACUGUACUUUCUCUCAGAAACCGAUUUUAUUCAUUAUGUUAUAUACACAGUUUUAUAACUGAAAAAGGGACCAUAAGGCACUGCAGUAUGGUGGUAAACUUACAGUAUGUCUUUUUUAUUAGUGAAUAUUAGUUUUACUAGGUGUAUAUACUUUGUACUUACUGUAUAAACGCUGACAGAGUGAUGAUUAAUAAUAGCAAUAUGACUUGUAUGGACAAUACACAUGGCAGCCACAUGUCUGCAGGAGCAUAAACUCACCAUAAUUCAUGUUUUUCAUAAAUACCUUUCAGUGCA